CGACUAGGUACGUGUAUUGUAUGUACGUACGUUUACAGCUACACAUACCUCGCACCCCUGCGAGACCACUCCAACAACGACGCGGCAGCAAAUUCCUGUGGAAUGGCGAUGAAGACAACAACAACGACGACGACAUAAAUGACUGCAUAAUAUUAACAUGGUAAUCGGGCGCCAUGAAGAGCUGGAGGGAAUUGGGAGAGGUUCCAGACUCGGACGACGACAGCUUCGAUGACACGGAUCUGCUUGACGAGAACCUCAACUUCGACUGGCAGCCGCAAUCCGAAGACGGAUACAACGUCGAGGGCACGCGAGUGGAGGAGAACCACGCCGGACCAGUCAAAGAUGCGGAUGUUUGGAGCGUGCCGAGCUCUCCGCCAGAGCAGGCUUUGCCCUACCACUCCACCAAUUCGGCACAGGCAUCGCAGACCUUGACCCAGUUCCCUUGGCCUGCCGAACCGUCGCCGAAUCCAGCUGGACAGACGAGUCCUUCAACCCCCGCGGAGUCCAGCCUCGACAAACCCUCAUCCAUACCCAGGAUCCCGGCCGCCUCAAACCUCCCGUCGGACGUGUUCCGAGAGGAUGAGAUUUCCAAGAGCUACGUUCGAGUCACAAGCCCCGCCCCGAGCUCCUCCUCCAUUUCAAGCCUUCUUUCCAGAACUCCCACGCCGCCGCAGUCUCCUUCCUUGCCCCAAACCCACCUAAGCCCGCCUCCGGCUCGCCUCAGUGCCCCGACCAACGCAUCGCCGCCGGCCGAUAUUGUGGACUCGGAACAAUUAUCAAGGCAGACCGCUGUCCGGUUGGAGCGCUCGCUGCGUCCCCGAAAACCGAUACAGCAGCAUCCUUACCUUCUCGAAAGCGUGCAGUAUACAGCUUUCAUGAAGUCACAUGGCAUCAAGCCCGUCCGGGUCAUCCAGGAAUCUCGGCCAUUACGGAGUGGUGCCGAAGACGAAGACUCUCAAGACACAGAUUUCCAAGCUGAGGAAAGCCAGGAAACAAGUGCGGACGGUCUGGGUGGCCUGGAUGCAAGCGGCCCAGUUCUCUUUGACGAUGAUGAGGAUGAGCUGGCACUCACUCCUUCACUCCCAAAAACAUCCCCCCAUGGCCAACAGCUUCGAACUAGUAGCCAGCCGACCAACCCCGACCAAACGGAUGCUACGAGCCUCUCCGAUGAGGAGUUUCCGCCUUUAGAACGGCUUCACCCGGUGUCUGCAAAGGAGAGACAGCGGUUGUUAAAACGGCAGCGUUCUCAGCUACUGUCUUCUACUCGAAGGAAGAGGCCGAGGUUCGUGCCAGAUUCUUCGUCCCAGGAGUCUCCGCGACGCCCGAGAUUUAUCCCUCCCCCGCCAAUAGACAUAUGGGACUUGUCCUCCUCUCCCCGUGUACCGCAGGUACCAGAAGAGCAACCACAGGAACCUGGCGCUUCCCCGAAACAACCAGCAGAAAGACGCCCGAGCCCGCCGAGUGCCCCUAUUCUGAGCCCGCGCUCCACCGCUGCCGUCUCAGAGGACGAGGCAGCAGAUCCCCCGGUUCUAAUCACCGAGGAUUCCCAAAGCGACCCCGACGAUGUGGACUUGCCUGGUUCUACAGCCAGCUCCUGUAGUGAUUCAGAGGUCGUCCGCCAGAACAGCCGCCGGAUUCGCGGGGUCUUGCCAGCGUCUUGGCUCCGAUUGGACCAACCGCAGAGCAAGCCUGCUGCCCGUAACGUCAAGAGAAGGACUCCCGAGCCCUCGCCGGAUCGAACUGUGAGGCGAGGUUUGGCGUUGCCUCGCCAGGGCUCGCCUAAGCCUCCAGGCGGAGCGUCAUUGAUGGUGUUUGAUGAAUCGGAGGAGUCCGAGAACGAACUGCCUCGGAGGCCAACUGAAUCAGCAGAUGAUCCAGCCCGAGCGGCGCUGGCCGCCGUCGUUAUCGACGAAGAUGACGGCGCAUCCGUGAUUGAAGAAGAUACCAUCGAUUGGAUGCUUCCUGGGAGGAAAAGGUCUUACUCACACACUAUUUCCGGGAGAGCGAAAAGGCAGAAGCGGAGCGGAACCCAAUCUGUUUUCCAUGGCCGCCCCAAUGUGCCCUCUAGGCAGCCCAAGAUAACCCAAGUUCUCCCGCGGGCAAAGCAUGGCGUCAACUCAACAUCUGCAAAUAGAAAAUUGACUCACCGGCAGCACCAGAAAGGCGGUACAUCUGUAGCGAGUCGCAAUAUCAGCAAGAGGGCGGCCUCACCACCGCUCCUGAGUAUCCUGGACGUUGUCGAACCCGACGCGCCAAGGUUUGUCAGGCUUGCCGCGCGUGCUGUCAGGAGGAAGUCAAAUCUGGGCAAGGCCAGUCCAUCCAACAAGGUUAUCAGCCUAGCAUCACGGAAUGACAACGUCGACGCGCUCUCAGUUCUUAGGGAUUGGAAAUCGGGAAAGACUAAACCAAAGAUUCCCGCCCCGCUGCGGAAACCAGUGAGCAAGCCAAAGAGGCGACCAGCGCUGCGAGAGAUAUCUUCAAACGCCACGUCACGCCCCCGAGGUCCUCGACCUCACAAGUUAAUUCGACAGAGCAAUCUCGACUCUUUCGUCAUCGCAGACGAAGGCCCGCAAGAAGGCCAGCCUCCCGAGCGGCCUUUAGCCUCGGCCAUCUCACCACGAAAGCCUUUACAAGGCCGCCGUCUCAGUUUCCACCCGGCGCAGCUCGAGGAAGACGAAGCCGAGGAGAGGCCCCGUCAGCUCAGCGCCCGGAAGCGGACCUUGGAUGCCCUCUACAGGAGACGCCGGAGAACGUUUGGUGCGUCAACCGACGAUGGGCUGGACCAGAUCCUGGAUGUGAACUUUACACUCCAAGAAUCUGCGGCUGAGGGACAAGGCGACGAGGGUGACAUUGAACCUGGUGCCAGACAAUCCACGACCCCGACGGAAGGGAGGACAAGGGCCGGCAGACGGAGAUUCCGAAAGACGUGCCCCCCCCAACGCGUGGAUUUGGACGCUCCUCAGUAUACUCGGGCAAAUGACCCAUUACCGCCAGACUUCUCUGACUUUGAGCCCCGGGAAUGCCUUCCUCAAGACCGAAAUCAGGCCCAGGACAAGCUCAGGGGGCUCGGGCCGUAUGGAACGCAUUACACGCACCACUUCGAAGUCUUUCCGCUCGACAUGGGGGUCUUCUUCCACGAAAGCACUGUCAUUGGACGCGGAUUGGUGCGAGAUGCGGUCGAUCUCGGACUCUCCGACCGGAUUCGUCAUCAAAGGCCCCCGAUGUCGUUUUCCUUGGACGGACGAGACCUCAGAUGGAGCCGCUGGGACGAUAACACGUCGUCAGAGCUGGGUAUAUUGGUCGAUUGGAUAGCCGAGCAACUUGCCCCCAACGCAGCCGCGAACGCUGGUUUCAGCCGAAAGACAAUCGAAGCUGCCGAGUUUGUAUUGGGGUACGUACUUCGCUCACUGAGUGUCUCGGACGAACACGAAGAGAAAGCGUUCGUGUCGAGGUGGCUGGAGGUGCUGUCGAGUUUUAUCGGCCGGUUUGAGUCGAGCGAUUGGAGCACGGGAUCAGAGGAGACGAAAACGACGCAGCUCGAGGUCGUUGUCCGUUUCUGUCUCGCGACUUCAGCGGUGCGUUCAAUAAGCCAGGCAUCAAACGCCGACCCCGUUCAAUCCACGAAGCUCGACGGCUUGCUCAAGCAGUCUGCAUCAGCGACCAUCAAGCGACUUUUGGAAUGUGGAACCAAGGAAUUACGGGUUCUAUACGGUGACCUGCAGCGUCCGAGUCUCAGAGAGCGAGGUAUACGCUCGCACCACCUCUUCGCCAACUGCUGGGUGGUCAUGAUGAGGGUGCUGGAAAGCGCUGCCAUUCCGAGGAGCUCCUUCUGGGACGUCACCCAGUCAGUCAUGCUUAGCGGAGGGGUAAUCUCGAGCUCAGAUUGCCAGCUGUUUGAGCGGCUUUGGCAAGACAUGUUCACGCUACUGCCGCUGACCGAGGUCGAUGACUCCGGGCUAGUCGUUCCAGGAAUGAGACGCACCGCUCCCAUGGAAGGAUGGACGCUCCCUCAGCAGCUCCUAAAACGCGUCUUCCAGCUUUACCAAACGAAUCCCCGCCAGCCUCCCGGCUUCAACGACUACUGUCGAGCCCUCGUGGCCCGCUGCCACCUUCUAGUCCAGCAAUGGGGCUGGCGCAAAGGCACGGGCAUCAUUGGAACCAUCUUUGACUUCUUUGGGUCGCAGAAUCUCGAGCACCUGAGGAACGAGGAGGUGUACAAAUCUCCUCGGUUUCUGGAAGAGCUCGACGGCAGUCCAUCUCUCGACAUCGAGCCCGAGGAUCGGUGCUUUCACAUCUUCAUCAAGCUCCUUGCCCUGACCAUCCAGCGCCUCAAGGAGCUCAAUCGUCCCAACGAUAUCAGGAACCUCGUGACCAGGACGCUUCCGAACCACAACCGACAAUACCUCAAAGAAAACAUGAUUCAUCACCGCGAUUUAGCCGCGCUGAGGAAUCACCACGACCUCCUCUGUACGCUGUUCUGGGUAUCGCCGCCAGAACUGCGGCGGGAAGUCCACGAGAUAGAAGAUUUGAUCGUCCCCGGCAGCGCUCACAAGGAGGCAUGUCUGAUCAGUGUUAGGGCAUGGAAUCAGCUUGCCCGGUUUGUGAUAGCCAAGGACGAGGGCGGUGAUGCGUUCAGGCCGCUUGCCAUGUGGCGAAACAACAUCUUCAACCAGGUCCUCGACCAAUACCUGUCAGCCGCCUCGGACAUCGAGCAGCAGUUUCGAGCUCUAUCGAGCGAGAUGGCGGGCAUCAGCAAGGAUGUACGGGACGACAUGGUGGCCAAGAACAAGCCGACGGCGCUGGAUGUGCUGCACCAUUCGGUCAAGGCGUCCCUGGACGUCCUGCAGCGCGCCCCGACGUUGGGUGCAGCUUUGUACGGGCUCAACACGGGUCAACUACAAAAAGUCUUCACCAGCCUUGAUUACCAGUCUCCGGGAUUCGACUGGGGCAUCCUCCGUGUAGCACUUGACACGAUCGAGCAUCUCUUGGGCAGGAUAGACCAGGCUUCCGAGGAGCAAUUCUCGAGCGAGUUUGACGACAACCUCGAUGCCCCCUUUCUCGAGGAUGCCGUGCUGCUGGUGAAUGAACACUUGACGAAAGACUUCUUCUGGAUGGCUCGCACAACCCUCGCUCUCCCGCAGGAGAGCUCUGCAAGGCGGCAUAACCAGCAAGUUGCCUGCGCUGAGAAGACGGUUACCUUGGCCGCAAGAAUCGCCGCCAGAUUCGUCAAAAACAGGGUGACGCACUUGCUGUCCUUCUUUUCGACCGGGAAGUACGGCCUGUUCCCCGACCUCCCCCACAACAUGACGACGCCGGACAGGAGAUACCUCCCUCUUUUCCUCGCGGUCCUUGUGAAAAAUCAUGUUUUUGAUUUCAAGGACCUUGGGAUCAACAUGCUGGGCAUGUGGAUGCUCGCGAUUGUGAAACCGCUAAGGUAUCUGAGAUACGAGAACUACCUUGCCGAGGUUCUUCAACAUCGCGACUUGCCGUUCCUGGAGCGAGCGACGGUCGCGGUUGGCAUUCCUCCGGACUACAACUCGAAUGCCGACUUCUUCGCUUGCGCGAUCCACCACAUGCGGAAGUCACUGCGCGAGUGUGGGUCGGUGCGAGCGAAACAGCUCCGGGAGGAGUUCAGGAAGACAUUACAGUUGGUCAUGCAGAAGAUGAAGGAGGACCUGGCACUCCUACGGUCUCAUGGCGGCGAGCACGGGCCGUACAUCGAGUUUGUGAGACAGGUGGUCUCGCUGAUCAAGUCGCACGGUGUCAACAUCUGCGCGGUCGACCCUUUCUUCAUGCAACCGAGCCCCGACUACUCCCCGUCUCUCCAAGACCCGCAGCUUCACACGGCCGGCAUUGUCGCGUACGGCGUCAAACUGAGCGAGGGAGACACGACUGCGACCCAGCCGCUUUUCCACUACCUCUUCAACAACUUCAAGGUUUCUCUCGGCAACGACAAGCUGGAGCAGGAGUGCAAGAUCCUAAGCAGGGCAAUGAGAAACGGCCAUGUUACUUCGUUCAUGCUGCAGUGCAUGAUACCGGCCAUCAUACAAGCGUCGACGCAAGCCCCGGAUUGCUGGGCGCUAUUGGAGGUUUACGCGGUUGCUUUCCAAAACAUGCUCGAAUCGAGCUGGUCCGUCCCGAAGGAGCUCGGGCAUGAGGACAUGGAACAUGUGUUGGGGAUCGUGACUAGCAUUCUGGCGUGGUUCCAGAACCUGGGAUGCACCGCGUCACCGUCGCUCCAACAGCUGCACGUCAUGGCGCUCCUGGCGACCCUCGCCAACACCCUGCAGCCGAGCGUUGCAUCGUACCUGUUCAACGAAGUCGAAGGUGGCACUCUGGUCACGCAACUCCAGGAGGCUGUUGACAGGCUCGCAGCGCUCUUCUCGGAGCUGGGGUCAUACCUCGAGGACGUCCUUUCUCGAGCCGGCGGAAAUGACGUCCCGCAGCCGGAGAUCAUCAGUCUCUCGGCGGUGCUCGGUGCGUUACCGCCAGCACCACCACCACCACCACAACAACAACCCACGUCCGGUGGGGCCAGGAACCCGCGGGUGGAGAUGUUUGCGAAUACCAUCAUCUCUGACGUGCGGCAGAACUGGGUGGUCACGGCGGACCGCGUGAUGGUACGGAUGGCUUCCCCGGGGAGGACGGGGACCACCCCGGGCGGGCCGCCCCUGCUGAGCCAGGCCGCCGUAAGCAGCAGCGCUGCGGCUUCGCUUCGUGGAGCGUGCUAUGGGCCGUGGGAGACGAGAGCGGUUCUGGAGAGGCUGCGUGCAGCGGUAGGGGGGUGGAUGCUAGGGUCGUCCCGGGACGGAGGACGAGGAGGGGGGAAACUGAAGAGGGGGAAGGAAAUGGUCGACCUAGACCUGCUGUUCUAAAAAAGGUUGUUUUGGUUCAUGGUGAUGAAGGAGGCAUGGGUAUAGAGGAACAGACGACGAGCAAUGACAUGUGAAGACAACAGACAUUUUUGUUGGUGUGUGUGUUGAUAGUGUUGUGUUGUCCUACAGAGGACGGUAUCAGAAGUAAAGAACGUCUCAGCCAACCCUAACCCAAAUCUGCCACUAACCUUGGGUGCCGGCCGGACCCACAGAAACGACGAAAGCCAAG